UUCCUCAGAAUAGUUUGUCCGACUUCGCACGCUCAACCCGUGCUUUAGUUUCACCCAAAGAAUAGUCGGCGUUGGAAAGAAGCUGGUUCGGUUCGAUUUUCUCUUGUGUUUGGUCCAUUUAAUCACCAAAACGUCGUACGCAAUGAGAGGAGACCGCGGCAGAGGCCGAGGAGGCCGCUUCGGGGCCCGCGGAGGACCGGUACAGGGGUAUCGUCCGUUUGUUCCACACAUCCCGUUUGACUUUUAUGUGUGUGAGAUGGCCUUUCCUCGAGUGAAGCCUGCACCUGAUGACAGCGCCUUCAGCGAGUGUCUGCUGAAAAGGAACCAGGAUCUGAGUCCCACUCCCGCGGAGCAGUCCUCCAUCUUGUCGCUUGUGACAAAGAUCAAUAACGUCAUCGACAACCUUAUUGUUGCACCUGGGAACUUCGAAGUGCAAAUUGAAGAGGUGCGCCAGGUUGGCUCUUACAAGAAGGGCACCAUGACAACGGGACACAACGUUGCUGAUCUGGUGGUCAUUCUCAAGAUCCUUCCUACAUUAGAGGCAGUUGCUGCUCUUGGCAACAAAGUAGUAGAAACUCUCCGCACUCAAGACCCAACUGAAGUGCUGUCCAUGUUGACUAAUGAGACUGGAUUUGAAAUCAGUUCUGCUGAUGCCACUGUCAAGAUCCUCAUCACCACUGUUCCUCCCAACCUGCGCAAACUGGACACGGAGCUGCACUUGGACAUCAAGGUGCUCCAAAGUGCUCUCGCUGCCAUCCGCCAUGCCCGAUGGUUUGAGGAGAACGCAUCACAGUCAACGGUCAAAGUGCUGAUACGCCUGCUGAAGGACUUGAGAUUACGCUUCCCUGGCUUUGAACCCCUCACGCCUUGGAUCUUGGACCUGUUGGGUCACUCGGCAGUGAUGAACAACCCGUCCAGGCAGCCUCUAUCUCUGAACGUGGCUUACAGGCGCUGUCUGCAGAUGCUGGCUGCAGGUCUCUUUCUGCCGGGUUCUGUGGGUAUUACGGAUCCCUGUGAGAGUGGAAACUUCAGAGUGCACACGGUCAUGACCCUGGAACAGCAGGACAUGGUGUGCUUCACGGCUCAGACACUGGUCAGGGUUCUGUCCCACGGAGGAUACCGCAAGAUCCUGGGCCUGGAAGGAGAUGCAAGCUAUUUGGUGUCAGAGAUGUCGACGUGGGACGGUGUGAUUGUCACUCCGUCAGAGAAGGCCUAUGAGAAGCCUCCUGAGAGGAAGGAGGAGGAGGAUGAAGCUCUGGAGGAAGGAGGUGAUGGAGAAGAAGAGAGUAUGGAAACCCAGGAGUGAGGGUGGCUGCAGGUGUCACUGAUGUUCUAAAUUCUCUCUCAGCAGUUCCCUUUGAUGCGUCUGAGACACCUUCACUCAAACCAUCAUGAGACCUGGACCAAAAUGCCACAGAUGUUCCAGAACCUGAAGUCUAGUUCUACGUUGUUGACUCAUGUUUUUGUAAUUGUAAUAAUCUGAAUUAAAGUGUGUCUUUGAUUUUUCUCUGGA